AUGCCUUCUGCCCAAUUUUCCCUACCUGCCAAGCAGACGGCCGUUGUAGCUGACGGUGCCGGGAAGCUCAGUGUACGCCGCGAUGCCUCCGUGCCAAUCCUAGGCCCGGACGUAGCCAUGAUCAGGACUGCCGCCGUCGCCAUCAACCCGGUCGACGCCAAAAUGCUCGACUACAGUCCGGCGCCUGGAGCGAUCCACGGCUAUGACUUCGCCGGAACUAUCGUAGCGCUGGGAAAAGAUACGCCUGCGCAUCUGAAAGUUGAAGACCAUGUGGCAGGCUUCGUCCACGGCAUGAACCCAUUGCUACCUGACGUGGGCGCGUUCGCCGAAUACGUCGCUGCUUCUGCCGACCUACUGCUCAAGGUCCCAGACGGGUUGAGCUUUGAAGAGGCGUCGACAAUAGGCCUGGGCCUGUUCACCGCGGGACUGGGGAUCUUUCGAGAACUUCAAGUACCGGCAUCGCUGGAUCCGCCUGGCACAUUAGAUCCCUUCAUAUCUGAGUUUGUGCUUAUUGCGGGUGGUAGCACAGCUACUGGCACUCGUGCCAUUCAAUUACUCAAACUCGCUGGUCUUCGCCCCAUCGCCACCUGCUCGCGGUCCAACUUCGGGCUCUGCCGCCGCUUUGGCGCCGAAGAGGUCUUCGAUUACAGCAGCCCAGAAUGCUCUGCAGACAUCCGUGCUUAUACGCGCAACACCUUGGCGUACGCGUUGGACUGCGUAGCGGCUGCUGAUACCACCCAGCUGUGCUACAGCGCCAUUGGGCGGGCGGGCGGACGCUAUGUCACUGUCGAACCGUUUCACGAGGCCAUCACAUCAGCGCGACCAUUGACAGUCGAACCAUCAUGGCUGUUAGCGCUGACGGUCUUCGGGCGCAAAGUCAACCUGGACGGCGAGUAUGGGCGAGAUGCAAAUCCAGAGGACCGGAAGUUUGGAGCAAAAUUGACUGCCGACGUGCAGGCACUUCUAGAUCAGGGCAAGAUUGAUACACAUCCUAUUCAAGUGAUGACGGGAGGCUGGAAUGGGAUGAUAGAUGGAGUGAACAUCAUCCGCGAGCAAGCGCCGUCCGGGCGGAAGCUAGUCUAUCCCGUUUGA